CAUUUUUCACCGUUAGAUCAAAAUACUUUAAUGUGGGCGCCACUUUCAUCAACGGCAGCAGACCCAUAAUGGCAUGGUAUUCAAAUUAACAACGACUCCUUUUGAUGAAAGCUUCCUUCUUUUUAUAUAGCUAUGAAGCCAAUGGCACCAGAAGACAGCUAGAGACAGCAGCAACAAAAAUGAGCAAAACAAUGGUGUACGGGGUCACAGAUGGAGGCCAAGCUAGCUUUCACAACAUUCAGACCAGACAAUCCAUGCCUGAACCUUGUUCUUUCAUUACCUUCAAAACCCAUCACCGCCUCCUCAAAUCAGAUUUGUCCCUCAAACUUCACUCCAGGGAUUACAGGACAAGAGCAAACGCCUGUUCUGGCAAUUUGUGCGUUGAAGGUGAAGGGACUUUCUAUGACUUGUUGGGUACUUCAGAGACUGCAACUCUCUCUGAUAUCAAACGAGCUUACAAGAAACUUGCCAGGAAGUACCACCCAGAUUUGUCUCCGCCGGAUCGUGUAGAAGAAAACACCAAAGUGUUUAUUCAGGUCCGGGAGGCUUACGAGACCUUGUCAGACCCCAAUGUCAGAGCUUUGUAUGAUAUGGAUAUGGCCAGAGGGAGAGGGUUACACCUGCCAUACUCUGCUGGCAAAAAAUUCACAUACAAACAGGGAUUGGACUACGAGAAAGAUGCAUGGAAGAACUGGUGGCAGAUCCAGCUUAGAGAGCUCCAUAGAAGAAGCAAGAAUGGUGAUUCGGGAGAGAACUUGUCAUGGGGGGCUCGAAUGCGCAGGCGAAAUCAAAUUAAUCAUCAAUAACAGAAGAAGUCAUCAAAUUGCUGUAAUCAAAUUCUGGAUUGGCCAUUUAGCCUAAUUUCUCUAUCACUUGUUUCUUGCAAGGUUUUGCCUCCCUUGGAAUUACUUCGGUUCGUGUAGGGUAUGUAAUAUUCUGUAGUAAAUUUUAAACGUGUGAAGCUGAUGGUAUUA